AUGGCCAGCGCCCUGCGGGGAGCGUCGCACACGGGUACUGGUGCUGUCACGGUGCGACAGCCAGAGCCGUCCCGGUGCCACCACGCCGUACGGCUCCUGCAGCCUCCCGGUGUCAGCCCGGCCACCUCUGCCGCCGUCCCGGUGUCACGCCUGGAGGCCCCGCAGCCGCACGGGGCCGGCCCGAUCCAGCCCCGUCCCUGCUCCCACCGCUCCCAGCCCCGCGCCCCGCUCGCUGCCAGCCGGGGCCGGGCCGCCACCGCGGCGCCCCCGCCCGCUGGGGACACGCACGGCGGAGGGGACACGGCGGUGGGGACCCGGGAAAUGGCGCUGGGGACCCAGGACACGGCCGAGGGACAUGCCCGGCGGAAAGGACGGCGCCGACCGGACCCCAACCCGCGUCCUGCCCGCGCCCCGACCUGCAGCGCCGUCCCCGGGCCGGGCGGAGCGCCCAGCGCCUACAUCGCUGCGGCGGCGCCGCGCUGCGCGUCGCGUCCAAUCAGCGCCGCCUCCGCUUCCGGCCGGCCGGGCGGCGUCCAAUCAGCGCUGCCCCCGCCUCCAGCUCCCCGCGCUCUGUCCAAUCAGCGGCGGCCCCGCUGA